GUCCGUCGAUCCUGUGAGAGUUAUUUGAAUAUCAUCGUCAAAGGAUUGUUUGUUAAUCAGUUGCAACAUCCGGUCUUCAGAAAUGGAACACAAAUUGUUUGCAGUUCAUUUCUUUGCGUUUUUCGUGGCUUUUCUCCUGUUUCCCCUGAAAGCCGUCUGUUCAGAUCUGAGCUACAGCUUUCCGGAAGAAACGAAGCGCCAGUAUGUUAUUGGAAAUAUAGCCAAGGAUCUCGGGAUGGACGUGAAACAAUUGUCUGCUCGUAAGUCUCGGAUAGACACGGAGGACAGCAGCAAACGGUACUGUGAUGUUAAUCUGAAUACUGGUGAUUUAAUCGUGGCAGAGACAAUAGACCGAGAGGAGCUUUGUGGAUCUCGAAUGUCCUGCAUUCUGAGUUAUGAGCUCGUCCUGGAAAACCCUCUUGAAGUGCACCGUAUAAUUCUGCAAAUUCAGGAUAUAAAUGACAAUGCACCACGAUUUCCAAAUGACCGUUUUAAUUUCGAAAUCAGAGAAUCAGCAUAUAAAGGUCAGCGACUACGUUUGCAUGAGGCACAUGAUUCAGAUAUUGGGUACAAUGCAGUCAAUAGCUAUUCACUGGAGAGAAACGACCAUUUUGUUUUGCAUGUUCAUGAUACUGCAGAUGGAGGAAAAUACGCUGAACUAGUGUUGGAAAAGGAGUUGGAUCGUGAGCAGCAGAAGGAGAUAGAUAUGAUACUCACAGCCACUGAUGGUGGUUCACCACAGAGAUCUGGAACUGCUGUCAUACACAUCACUGUUCUCGAUGCUAAUGAUAAUGUGCCAGUGUUUAGUGAGUCUGUUUAUAAAGUCACUGUGGCUGAAAAUACACCUUCAGGAACAGAGAUAAUCAAAGUGAGCGCCACUGAUGCUGAUGAAGGUCCAAACGGCGAAGUGACCUAUGAAUUCAGCAGAAUGUCAGAUAAAACUGCUAAAUUGUUUUUUAUUAAUAAGGCAACAGGACAAAUUGUGGUGAUCGGAGAAAUUGAUUAUGAAAGUGAAAGAAAAUAUGAAAUAGGAAUUCAUGCUCAAGAUGCCUCUGGAUUAGCAUCAACAGCAAAAGUUAUUAUAGAUAUAACUGAUGUUAAUGAUAAUCCACCUAGAAUCAUCCUUAAAUCUUUGAAUAAUCCAGUACCUGAAAACUCUGAGCCAGGAACCGAGGUGGGAAUCAUUAAUGUUCAAGACAAAGACUCAGGAGAAAAUCGGCAGAUUCGUUGCUCUGUUCAGCAAAAUGUUCCUUUCAAACUGAACCCAUCUGUUAAAAACUAUUUCUCUCUAGUAACUACAAAAGCUCUAGACAGAGAGAACGAAUCUGAUUAUAAUAUUACCAUCACAGCCACAGAUGGGGGAUCUCCACCACUAUCCACCUCCAUGAUAAUUAAUUUAUUUGUCUCAGAUGUGAAUGACAAUCCUCCUGUGUUUGAACAGCAGUCCUACAGCACUUAUAUAAGUGAAAAUAACAAACCAGGAACUUCUGUUUGUUCUGUCAGUGCAAAUGACCCAGACUGGAGACAGAACGGUACUGUACUGUACUCUCUGGCUCCCAGUGAAGUUAAUGGGGUCCCAGUGUCCACAUUUCUAUCUAUUAAUGGAGAUACAGGGGUGAUUCAUGCUGUAAGAUCAUUUGACUAUGAGCAGUUCAGAAACUUCACUGUCAAAGUUGUUGCCAGAGACAAUGGAUCUCCACCGCUCAGCAGUAACGUGACUGUGAAAGUCUUCAUAACAGAUGAGAAUGAUAACUCUCCACAGAUAUUAUACCCUGUCCCUGAUGGAAAGUCUUUAAUGACUGAAAUGAUCCCUAAAGUGUCUCUCUCAGGCUCUCUGGUGUCCAAGGUGAUCGCUGUAGAUGCUGACUCUGGACAGAAUGCAUGGCUGUCCUAUCAGAUUGUCAAAUCUACUGAUCCUGGACUUUUUUCCAUUGGUCUCCACAGUGGAGAGAUCAAAACACAACGAGACAUUUCUGAAUCUGACAAUAUGAAGCAGAACCUUGUUAUUUCAGUGAAGGAUAACGGACAGCCCUCUCUGUCCACCACCUGUGCUGUAAAUUUACUAAUUUCUGACAACCUUUCUGAAGUCCCUGAACUUAAAGAUAUGACUUAUGAGGACAACAGCGCUAAAUUAACUUCUUACUUGAUCAUUGCAUUAGUUUCUGUGUCCACCUUCUUCCUGACGUUCAUCAUUCUGAUCGUGGCAGUGAAGUUUUGUCACAGGAGAAAGCCCAGACUGUUGUUUGAUGGAGCAGUCGCUGUUCCCAGUGCCUAUCUCCCUCCCAACUAUGCAGAGGUGGAUGGAGCAGGAACUCUCCGCAGCUCUUACAAUUAUGACGCGUAUCUAACCACAGGCUCGCGCACCAGUGACUUUAAGUUUGUGAGUUCGUAUAAUGAAAACACUCUUCCUGCUGGUGGGACUCUGAAAAAGGAGCGCAGUUUUCAUUUUGGUUCGAGCAUGAUAACACUUGACGUUACAGGAAAUGAAGAUGAGGUGAGAAAGCUUUGACUCUGCACUCUCUUAAGUUACCGUUUCCGUAUAGAAUGUUUUAUUUAAU